AAUCAUUGUUCAAUUACAUGUUGGAAUAUCAUACAUCUUACGAGUAAUUUUGUAACCAAAUUCACGUUUAUUUUGGCUAGAAGUCUAGGUAAACCAGACUACAUCGGGUUUACCUAGACGGUGAAAUGACAGCUAUUGCCUGCUGGGUUUCUACAUCUAAACUACAAAUAAAACGGCCAAAAACAAACACAGUCCUGCCUUUCAGUUAACCUCUUUGAAACUGCACCAGUCAUCAUGUGAUAAUAUAGGUCAGCUGGAUAAUGACGGACGCGCUGCACGAUACAUCUGCAGCUUAUGGCUCUAUGAGCUGGUGUGAGCACAUAUGUGACCCAGUCGUCUCCCCGCCGACCGCCUAAAUGCCGGAGUGAUGAGUGAAAGAGAGGAGGAGGAGAAAAGGAGGAGCGGUGGAGCCAGCUGGAGCACUGGAGAGUUUGCAUACCUUUCAUGUUACCACCCCUACUGACUCUUUCUUCUGGAUUGAUUCCAGCUCUCCCUCCAGCCCUCGAUCCCCGACUUCCUCUCGUUCCCUCCCCACCCCCAUAACUGAAAUAGUCUCCUAAAGGAUUGAAAGGGAUUGAGUCAUCCUUUCUGUCCGGUUUCCUGUGGUCACAAAGUUAAAUUUAGCAGCAGCAGUGGCCGGCCGAGACGACGUGCGUGCAUUAAACCUGGAGUUUCGUGGCAAUCCCUGCGGUUUGUUAUACGAAGAUGUAGUUCACUUCCACAGAAGUGCAGAAGGACUGAGCGGGGCGUGUCGUCUCUUUAUGUCAGACUUCUGUUGAAUUAGCAGUCUGAAAGUUUGUAUCCCUGUUUGUGAUGAAACCUCUGUGGGUUUGCUUUGUGCUUUUUCUUGGGUUUAGUAGAGGAAUGUUGGCUGGGGGAAGCCGGCGAGCGGCGUCUCAAGCGCUCGUUUCGUCUGUAAUGAGGCUCGCCCUGCCGUGAGAGCUUCAGAACUUCAAAGCUGGGCUUUUGAAAGUACGAAAAACUUUCGACAAGUCCUCACUCGAAACUUUAGGAAAUUAAGUUAAGGUUUAGACAGCUGAGAAGCUUUGCUCUGUCCGCUUCAAUCACUCCCAUCUCCACUUGAGAAGGGAAAAAAGCGAGCCGCUCUCCUUACGAGAGCAAACAGAAACCAAAGGCGUGCAGACGGAGGGAGAGAAAAGUUAAGGCUGUGCGUGCGUAUGACUGCGCAACUGUCUGUGUGUGUGUGUGUGUGUGCGUGCGCGCACGAGGGGUGUGUGAGCGUGUGCGCGUCUGUGUCUGUGUGGGAAUGAUUACAUCAGCUCGAGCUAGCUCUAUGAUUGGUUAGGGAUGUGUGGUUUGAUUCACUACCUAAAAGCCUGUGGCUGUAACCCUUUGUGAGAGGAACAGAAGGAAGUUGCCUGCCAAGCUGGAAACAGUGCCAUCCGCAUGCUCUGUCCUGCGCCAAAGCUAGGCAGCGGAAGAACGAGAGGAAUUGUGUGACAGGUAGGACGCGUAAAGCCGCCGACCGGAGGAAGCGUCUGGGAAGCAUCCUGCUUUUUUUGUUCAUUUUUCUUCUUUCCCGUGGAGUUGUGGAGACAUUGGGGGAGCGGGUCCAUCUCUCGGUUUGCGAAGGAGCACACGGGCUGCUGGGGGAAAUGCCAUCUUGUUCUCCUGACUGCUGCCUGCUCAGGCCUGGGGAGAUCAUUAAAAUCUUCAGCGAGGAUGGGAUGGGAAAGAUGGUGGAGAUCCCGGCCGACAUGACGGCGCGAGACCUGUGCCAGCUCCUCGUCUAUAAAAACCAUUGUGUGGACGAUAACAGUUGGGCACUUGUGGAGCAUCAUCCGGCCCUGGGACUCGAAAGAUGUUUAGAAGAUCACGAGCUGGUUGUCCAAGUGCAGGCGUCCAUGACCAGCGAGAGUAAAUUUCUCUUCAGAAAGAACUAUGCCAAAUAUGAAUUCUUUAAAAGUCCUUUGAACUUUUUCCCCGAGCAGAUGGUGGCCUGGUGUCAGGAGAGUAAUGGGACGAUUCCUCCGUCUCAGCUCCUGCAGAACUUUUUAAAUUCUAGCAGUUGUCCGGAGAUCCAGGGAUUUUUGCAUGUGAAAGAGUUGGGCAGGAAAUCGUGGAAGAAACUGUAUGUGUUGUUAAGACGGUCAGGGUUGUACAUAUCAACAAAAGGAACGUCGAAGGAGCCCAGGCAUUUACAGCUACUAGCGGACCUGGAGGAUAGCAAUGUCUUUACAGUAAUAACAGGGAAAAAACUGCACAAUGCACCGACGGACUAUGAGUUUUGCAUAAAACCUAACAAAGUAAGGAAUGAAGUGAAAGAACUGAGGAUGUUGUGUGCAGAGGACGAGCAAAGCCGAACGUGCUGGAUGACUGCCUUCAGACUCUUCAAGUAUGGAAUUCUGCUCUAUCAAAAUUACAAGAUCCCCCAACAGAGGAAAACGUUACUGUCACACUUCCCAGCGCCUGUGAGGAGCGUCUCGGAGAACUCUCUGGUUGCCAUGGAUUUCUCAGGGAGUAUCGGCAGAGUGAUUGACAAUCCUGUGGAGGCUCAGAGCGCCGCCAUGGAGGAGGGACACGCCUGGAGGAAGAGAAGUCAGCGCAUGAAUGUCCUGGGCAGCCCCAGCCCUUUGCACCCCACAUCGCUGAGUGGAGCUAUCCACAGAACUCAGCUGUGGUUCCAUGGCCGUAUUUCACGAGAGGAGUCCCACAAGAUGAUCCAUCAGCAGGGCAGAGUGGACGGAAUGUUUUUGUUACGGGACAGUCAGAGCAACCCCAGGGCAUUUGUGCUCACACUGUGUCACCACCAGAAGAUCAAACAUUUCCAGAUUUUACCGUGUGAGGAAGACGGUCAGAUGUUCUUGAGCCUCGACGAGGGCGCCACCAAAUUCUCGGACCUGAUCCAAUUUGUGGAGUUCUACAGUCUAAACAGAGGAGUUCUGCCUUGUAAACUGAAGCACCCCUGCACCGCUGUGGCCUUAUGACCCUCACAUGCCUGAUUCUGGCUUUAGACAAACACUGCGGUGGUGUGAGUGUGCUGUUGGGCUGGAGAGAGCACACCGCAAGCCGCUCUCUGUCCGUGAGAGACCGGCAAAAAUCUUCCGGGGGACAAACACUUGUGUGUACGGACCUCCCAGCCACAGGCACACUCGACCGUGGCCGGACCAGGUUCUCAGGACAGAUCCUCCAGACCGGAGGGUUUCUUCAGGAUCUGCGGUCUGAAUGCAUUAGUAGUUUUGGGAAGACCAGCAGAACACUCUUAAAUCAUUUCAUUUUGCACUCGUGAACCAGGAAUAACCAUGCUAUGGCGGUUUUUGCUUUCGUAAAUCGAGCGGGUUCUAGAAAGGUCUGUAAGAUGUGGACGGCCGAUAGGGUUUUUUUUAGUACUGUGAAAAGAUGUUGCCGUUAAAUUUGUGCAUUCUCUUCUUCUUAUCCGUACUUCAGUUGGAUGGGUAGGAGUUUUAAACAGGUUUCUUCUGCAAUUGCUUCCUUUUUUUAUAUUUGGGGCUAUUUGCUCAUGUUUUUGAGCAUCUCUCAUGCAUAAACGCAUAUGCCUUCGUAUCUCUAGACUGUUAAAUACAUUGCUACUUGUUUCCCACAAACCAUUAACUGCAGCGCUCUCUACUGGCCAUACUUAAAAGUUACACAUCCCAAUGCCCCUUUAAGAAAUAGUGAGCCAUGUUGUUUUAAGCCCAUAUGACUUUCUUUCUUCUCUAACACAAAAGGAGACAUUUGUAAUGUUAAAACAACAAAAUUAUAAGGAUACUGGUUAACUACUAUCUACUUAUAUAAGAUAAAAAUGCCUAUUGCAUUUACAUUACAUUUAAUCAUUUAGCAGACUAUAUUGUGUCCAUAUGUGUUAUUGCAUUGUACUUACAUAUAAAGUAUAAGCUAGUAAAUACACAAUUGUACCUUUUCUGUCACUGGGGUGGUACCCUCAAAGAUUCAUUUUUGUCCCUUUAUGGGUAUUAAAAUGAUGUUGUACAUUUUGGGCUAUAAUAUUACACAGUAAGGACCUAUUGUGUAGCUUUAAGGACCAAGUUUGUACCAAUUAAAUGUUAGUGGUACAAAGCAUUUAACUGUACUUUUAAUAGAUCCUUAAGUUACAGUAAUGUCCCCAAAAAGAAACAACAUUGUAUUAUGUUUAGUAUACAUGUAAAGGUACAAAACAGAACUUCAGGGUACCACCCCAG